GCCCCGCACAGCCGGGUCCAGGAUGCAGCCCAGGAUAACUCGGCCAGCAGCAGUGGCCUCUGGGGUGAGUCAGGGGCCUAGAGGGAUCCAGACCUCCUGCAGGCCUGAGGCUGGUGUUUGCUCCCUGGCGCUGCCCUCCGACCUGCAGCUGGACCGCAGGGGCACAGAGGGGCCAGAGGCAGAGCGACUGCGGAUAGCCCGUGUCCAGGAACAGGUCCGCGCCCGCCUUCUGCAGCUGGGCCAGCAGUCACGGCACAAUGGAGCCACUGAGAUGAACACCGAGGCAGCCAGAGGCACAUCGAGAGGUCAGUACCACACCCUGCAGUCUGGCUUCAGUUCACGCUCUCAGGGCCUGAGUGGGGACAAGACCUCGACCUUCUGGCCCAUCGCCAAACCAACCUAUAGCCCGGCCUCCUGGUCCUCCCGCUCGGCGGUUGACUUGAGCUGCAGUCAGAAGCUGAGCUCUGCACACAAUGGGGGCAGUGCCUUUGGGGCUACAGGGUACCGGGGUACCCAGCCUACCCAACCCAUGCCCACUAGGCCUGUGUCCUUCCAUGAGCGUGCUGGGGUUGGGAGCCGGGUUGACUAUGACACCUUGUCACUGCGCUCACUGAGGCUGGGGGCUGGGGGCCUGGAUGACCGCUACAGCGUAGUGUCUGAGCAGCUGGAGCCUGCAGCCACUUCCACCUAUAGGGCUUUUGCUUAUGAGCGCCAGGCCAGCUCCAGCUCAGGCCGGGCAGGGGGGCUGGACUGGCCAGAAGCCACUGAGGGCCCACCAAGCCGGACCAUACGUGCCCCUGCCAUGCGGACCUUACAGCGAUUCCAGAGCAGCCAUCGAAGCCGUGGCGGGGCUGGGGCAGUGCUACCGGGAACAUCCCUGGAGCCUGUGGCCCGAGCGCCAUCUGUGCGCAGCCUUAGCCUGGCUGACUCAGGCCCCCUACCUGAUGUGCGUGGGCUGGACAGCUACUGUGGCCACCGCACCCUGCAAAGGCUUAGCAGUGGUUUUGAUGACAUCGACCUGCCCUCAGCAGUCAAGUACCUCAUGGCCUCAGACCCCAACCUGCAGGUGCUAGGAGCAGCCUACAUCCAGCACAAGUGCUACAGUGACACAGUGGCCAAGAAGCAGGCCCGCAGCCUUCAUGCCAUCCCCAGGCUGGUGAAGCUCUUCAACCAUGCCAACCAGGAGGUGCAGCGCCAUGCUACGGGUGCUAUGCGCAACCUCAUUUAUGACAAUGCAGACAACAAAUUGUCCCUAGUGGAGGAAAACGGGAUAUUUGAGCUGCUUCGGACACUGCGGGAGCAGGAUGAUGAGCUGCGCAAGAACGUCACAGGUAUUCUGUGGAACCUUUCAUCCAGUGACAACUUGAAGGACCGCCUGGCCCGUGACACACUGGAGCAACUCACAGACCUGGUGCUGAGCCCACUGUCAGGGGCUGGUGGUCCCCCCCUCAUCCAGCAGAGUGCAUCUGAGGCCGAGAUCUUCUAUAAUGCCACUGGUUUCCUCAGGAACCUCAGCUCAGCCUCUCAGGCCACUCGCCAGAAGAUGCGCGAGUGUCACGGGUUGGUGGACGCCCUGGUCACCUACAUCAACCACGCCCUGGAUGUGGGCAAGUGCGAGGACAAGAGCGUGGAGAAUGCAGUGUGUGUGCUGCGGAACCUGUCCUACCGCCUGUACGAUGAGAUGCCACCGUCUGCCCUACAGAGGCUUGAGGGCCGGGGCCGUAGGGACCUAGCAGGGGUACCACCAGGCGAGGUGGUAGGCUGCUUCACACCACAGAGCCGGAGGCUGCAGGAGCUGCCGCUGACAGCCGAUGCGCUCACCUUCGCGGAGGUGUCCAAGGACCCCAAGGGCCUGGAGUGGCUGUGGAGCCCCCAGAUUGUAGGGCUGUACAACCGGCUGCUGCAGCGCUGUGAGCUCAACCGCCACACGACAGAGGCGGCGGCAGGGGCGCUGCAGAACAUCACAGCGGGCGAUCGCAGGUGGGCCGGCGUGCUGAGCCGCCUGGCCCUGGAGCAGGAGCGCAUCCUGAACCCCCUGCUGGACCGUGUCCGAACUGCAGACCACCACCAGCUGCGCUCGCUGACUGGCCUCAUCCGGAAUCUGUCUCGGAACGCCAGGAACAAGGAUGAGAUGUCCACGAAGGUAGUGAGUCACCUAAUUGAGAAGCUCCCUGGCAGUGUGGGUGAGAAAUCGCCCCCAGCUGAAGUCCUGGUCAACAUCAUAGCUGUGCUCAACAACCUGGUGGUGGCCAGUCCAAUCGCUGCCCGAGACCUGCUCUACUUUGAUGGGCUCCGGAAACUCAUCUUCAUCAAGAAGAAGCGAGACAGUCCUGACAGUGAUAAGUCCUCCCGGGCGGCCUCAAGCCUCUUGGCCAACCUGUGGCAGUACAACAAGCUCCACCGUGACUUCCGGGCGAAGGGCUAUCGCAAGGAGGACUUCCUGGGCCCAUAAGCAAGACCUCAUGGAGGAGGAGAAGUGAUGUGGCCCAAUCUCCGAGGGACAG